GAAAGCUACAAAUGGCCACUUCCGCAAUGGCGGAAAUGAAAAAAUUAUUCGAAUUUAUACGCGUUGUAGGCCGAUUAAAGUCGUUAAAGAGAACAGGAUGGGUCAAUGCAGGGGUUAAAGACCCCGAGACUGUUUCAGGUCAUAUGUACCGUAUGGCUAUGCUUAGUUUCAUAAUUGACGAAAAGCGGGACCACGUGUCCCGAGACCAGUGCAUCAAACUCGCCCUGGUUCAUGAUUUAGCAGAAUCAAUCGUAGGUGAUAUUACUCCUUUUGAAGGUAUCACAGUCGAAGAAAAGCAUAGGCGAGAAAAGGAAGCCAUGGAAAAUAUAGCCAAAUUAGUUUCCAAUACAGUUGGAAAUGAGUUGCUUGAUCUUUGGAAUGAGUAUGAGAAGCAAUUAACUAAAGAAGCACAAUUUGUAAAAGAUCUAGAUAAAUUUGAUAUGAUAAUGCAAGCGUUUGAAUACGAAGAGGCAGAAAAUAAACCUGGCCGACUACAAGACUUUUUUAAUUCGGUCGAAGGAAAGUUCAAAACCGAAACUGUCAAAACAUGGGUUGAUUAUUUGAAAGAAGAAAGAAUAAGAAAUAAUUAA